UCAUCGUCAUCAUUAUUACUAUUAUUAUUAUUAUUAUUAUUAUUAUUAUAUCAUUUCUACAAACGAAAAGAAACAAAUCGAAUUAACGAGAUAAUUCGAUAGAACAGAAAUAUUCCAGAUGAAAUUUCGUAAAAGCGCGUCCAGGUCCAGUCCAAAAAUGGAAUUAUUGUCGAGACGAUCAACAACCAACGACGGCAAGAUGUCGACGUUAAAAAGAUCAAGAUCAUUUCGUGCUUCGGUUAAAUUAAUAUCGAAGAUUCGAAAUCGUGCGGCAUUCAAGUUUACCUCGGGUAUCGAACUUUCCCCAAUGUCUUCGAAAGAUUAUUGUAAAACGACGCGAUCGUUUUCUUCGAAGGAUACUAAUAAAAUACAACAACAACAGCAGCAACAAGAAUCGCCAAGGAUUCAUUUGAAAAAUAACGAAAAGAAAGAGAAGUCGAUUUGUAAUAAAAAAGGUACGAAAAAGUACGAAGACAUUUGUCAGGAAGAUAGUCGUACGUUGUCAGAAACUAAUUCGUCGAUCGGUGUAGUAGAAUCUUGCGGUAUUACGAAGGAUUUUGAGAAAAAGCUUUCUCUCGGGGAUAAGAUAAACGUGAAAAAUCGAAAAUUUGUAGAAAAAUCUUGCGAGAGGAGAAUGAUCGAGGAAGAAACGAAAUCGCCAAAGGUCGUACGUAUUUUUUGUCGAAAAGUAAUAGCCGAUGAUAGAAGAAAAAAGAAUAACGAUGAGAAAUCUAAGGUUAAGGGAAAGAUGGAAAGUGACGAAUGCGGUUACGAAAAUCCGAUGUUCUCUUUGGACAGUUCCCUUGAUUCGAGCUUUGCUUCUGUAGAAACCAAUUUGAAAAACGAGGAAUAUGUAACACGUGGAAAAUGUUUCGAACGUGUAAUCGAAAAAACUAAUUUCCAGAAGGAGGAUGAGGAUGAGGAGGAGGAACAGCAGCAGCAACAGCAAAGAUUUUCUAUGUCGUUACUUUCUUGCAAAUCUGAUCUCAAGUAUGUUAGGAGUUUCAGUAUGAAAGAGGAAAGAAGCUUCGAUAAAGAUAAAAGUCCCGGAGAUAAAAGAAACGAACGGCCAAGGACGAAUUUUUAUUCCGAAAGCGAAAUUAAUAGUUCGCCGAGAUUAAGGCAUAAAUAUCUUAGUGAAUUUGUAUCGUCGGUUGAUAGUAGCACGGAAAGUGUUUGCUCGACUAAAUCAUGCAAAAAUCGGACUGUCGAUAAUUUGACUAAUUUUUGGACAAAUGCUCGUGGUGGAAGCUUUCGUAGCAAGAUGUCCGCCAAUAAAAAGAAACUUGGAAAGGAAUCAAAGGAUCUAGAAUCGAUCGGGCAGGAUCGAGUUCUCGUCACGACCACUUCCGGAUCAAAACUGCAAUCGCUACAAGGGAUGGAGUUCUUGGAAGGGUUUGGAAAAAAGAAGCAACAGCCACAGCAACAACAUUCAAAUAAUCUAUCGUCGAUUCACAUUAAUCCUCUCUCGGCACAAUCCCUCAACAUACAUUUGCAUGCUCUUUUCGCAGCCGUCGAACAUGGUCAUUUGGACAAAGCCAGAACUAUUUUGGAAUCGACCGAUGUGGAUGUGAACAGUGUAAACAGCGACGGUUUAUCACCAUUGGAUGUCGCAGUACUCAGUAAUAACAGACCGUUGGCAAAAAUGUUGGUCACGUUCGGUGCUCAGGAAGGCAACCAAUUCAAGUCACCGGAGUCCUUGGGCAGUCAUUUGGCGUCGUUACUGUUGGAAGCAGAACACAGAGUCCAAGAACUCGGUGGCAGCACUUCCGGCAGCGGUGGGAGCACUCUUUUGGAACCACCAAGCAGCCACAGAGCCAGUUUCUCGACGCAGCAUAAUAAUCUUACAGGAUGCGGAGGUAGCACUGAGGACAAGCAACUGGCCCUCUGGGAGAGGAGAGCUCGAGCACUCAGAAAAAUGUUACUAGGUUUUGAUCAAGCAAGACCACCUGACAUGCCUUUCAUGGUCGCAAUCGAUGUUACCGGAACGACCUCCGUGACAGUCAGAUUUCAAGAACCAGAUUCACAUGAUUCUCCAAUUUGUACGAAAUUCAAGGUUCAAUGGAGUCUCAAAGAGGAUUUUUCUACGAUAUGUGGGGAUAGAGAGGUUUUGGAUAUGAAGCAAAGGGAAUGUCGUAUCGACGGACUCGUUCAAGGACAAAAAUAUUAUUUUCGUGCGGCUGCUGGAAAUUUAAAAGGCUAUAGCAGAUUUAGAAAUUCGACUCCUGCUCAUGUAACUCCUAGUAGUUGGAGAGACAUUGAUGGCAGGGUACCAAGAUUUGCAGGACGUUUAGAACAAUUGAACACCCUCUUUACCGAUAUCAGACGUCCGGAAUACACACACGAGACACCAGCAGUACAAAGACGCAAUCAUAAGAAGAAAACGACGAUAAAACAACUCUUCACCGCUACUAGCAAGUUUCAAAAAAAUUUGCGGCGUGGCGUAUUCCUUGCUUGUUUGCUUUAUCAUGAGGAUAAGGUGCUCGUAACCAAUGAAGACUUUUUACCUGUAAUCGAGGUCGAUGAAACCUAUCCUAGUUCUAUCUAUAACGAUUUUCACUGGCUCAUGAAAGUCGCGUGCACGUGGGACGACGUCAAGACUCUACGCCAAGAUAUGGAAAAAAGUCACAGCAGUUCGACCAAUCAUUUUAGGAUAAAAUUGCUCCAGGCUGCUGCACAAAUGCAGGCCGCAUUGUGUACGCAAGAUCUUGGACAGUUAUAUCAUAAACCGAUCAGAGACAUUCAAGGAACCCUUGUAUUUUCGACAGUGAAUUAUGUAAAAUCACCAAAACUCGUGUCAGUCUUAAAUAGUAGGUGGCUUCCUUUGAGUAAAGUAACUAAAAAAAUAAUAACUCAUGAAGACAGCAACGUGGCGGAUAUUUUGAUGGCCAGUAUACAAGAACAAAUGACAUAUCACCAAGUCAGUAGUAUCAAAUUAUCAAAGGGUUUAUACCUUGGUUAUUUGAAAAUGCAAAGUAGUGUGGAUCUUAUACAAGUGGUUGUACCGGCUAAAUCACCUAACGUCUUACCACAUUGUAAAAUACGUGACAACUCUCAUGUAUCUGCGGAAGAAUGGGAUUAUCUGAAAAGGAUAACUCGUAUUUAUGCGUCAGAUAAUUCUGUCAAAGAUUCUGAGGAGAAAGAAAAUGUAACAAAUGAAUGUCAGGGUACAGAACAGCAAAAAUUAUUCGUCGAUUUGGUUUCCGCAACGGCACGUCGUCUAUUUAAUUAUAUGGAAAUUAGUCCAGAGGAUUCUUUAUUAUAUCGACUUUACGAUGCCGAAGUAAUCGAUCUCACGCACGAUGUAUCAUUCCUAAUUGCCGUACCUCCUGCAGAAACAGCUUGUUGCGUACCUGGAACUAGAGAAAUUCUCUUACAAAGAGGAGACUUACUAUCUUUACCUAUUCAAGUAUUCGAAAUGGUUCACUUAAAUACAUACCAAAAGGAUGUAAUUAAUCGAUAUUCAAGACUAAGCUGUAUAUUGGAAUUAGACACCGCACAAGCUCAGCAUAAUCAUAGGGAAGCUUUUAGCUCUUUAGAACUAAGUGUAGCAAAAGAUAAACUUGCGAGAUUACAAGAUAUACAGUCUCAAGUAAACACAGUAUGGAAGGGUGCUAGAUGGCUUAUCGACGUCAUCACUUUUGCAAGAGACCGUGGAUCCGGACAACAAAGCGGUACAUCACAGACUGUUGGUAUAUCUAUGAAACAUCUAUUAGGUUUAGACAGAAAUAAAAGCAACAGCAAUAGUUUAAAAAGAAGUCUACUUCAGUUGCCACCUCGUGAUCCUAAACUCGUGAAAUCGAGUCCAGGACGUGGAAGUUGGCCAGGUCCAAAUGUUACGAAUUCUUCUUCCAAUUUACUUACAACGGAAUUCAGCAAAAGUGAACAACAAUUACCUAGUGGUCAAUACGUGUGCAAGUGUAGUCACGUUUCAACUAAGUCAGAACCUCAAAUAUCAUCCGUACCUACAAAUGUACGACUUCCACCUUCGAAAUCUGAGGACACUUUAUUACUUACCAAAUACAAACAUAGCCCUAGAAAUCGUUCGGCCACCAUCACUUCUGCGUCGGCAAGUACCAGUCCAUUACUUAAUAUAAAACCGAUUCUCUAUGGUGGAUCGCUUUUAAGCGUAUCAACAGCUAUGACCAACACCAACACGAGUCUUCUCAGUGUUAGUAACACGAAUUCCGACAGUCUUCAUUCCCUAAGCAGCGAUGAAUAUUCAACGCCGAAUUCAAGUGUAUGCUUAAAACCAGGACAUAUAAAAGUCAAAACGACUAAAUCCAACGCUAGUAUAACAACUAUGGCUGCUUCAGUAGGAGAUAAUCAAUCGGAAGAAGAAAAGGAUGAAGCAACAAUGAUGCCAGCACCACUACCUGGUAUUCUUCAGGUUUAUGCGGCCUAUGAAACUGGUUUGGCUUCUGGUACCAGUUUAAAAUUACAUGUAAAUCCACGAACCACAGCAAGAGAAGUUGUGGAUCUUGUUGUGAAGCAAUUAAAUAUGGCAGUAGUCUUAAAGGGUCAAGAUGGGCCUAUCUACACAGUCGAUGAAUUACCAAAUUUUUGCCUAGUUGCUGUAAUUGGUGCGAGGGAACGUUGUUUAAGAGAUGAUUUUAAACCCCUUCAACUACAAAAUCCGUGGAAGAAGGGCCGUUUGUAUGUCAGACAAAAACAGGAUGUUCUUGCUGCUCUCGAACACAGUAGCAAGCAUACAGCCUAUUUAUAACAAACAUCUGAUUAAAAAUAUUAAAAUUCACAUGUGUAAUCUCUUUAGUUAACAAAAUAUGACACAGUGAUAACUAUUAAUAUUAAAAUGAUAAUGUAAAGCCACAUAUUGUGGAUCUAAUGAAAAUCAUCAUAUGACCUAUAAAUUGAAAGUUUCAUUUUAUAGGACUUGAUGUUUUUAAAAGGAUUGCUUUUACUAUUAGUAUUGAAAAUAAUUUAUUAUACGCGUAUUAAAAUAAUCAGGAAUAAAACUUGAUUUUCUCUUUUCAUAUAAAGUCAACUA